AUGGCGUCUGCAACUGUUCUCGACAAGCCUAACAUUGGCGUGUUCACCAACCCCAAGCACGAUCUGUGGAUUGCUGAGUCGACACCAUCUCUGGAGGAUGUCAAGAGCGGCAAUAGAUUGAAGCCUGGAGAGGUCACUAUUGAGGUUCGCAGCACAGGUAUCUGCGGAUCCGAUGUGCACUUCUGGCAUGCAGGCUGCAUUGGCCCAAUGAUCGUCGAGGGCGACCACAUUUUGGGCCACGAAUCGGCGGGGCAAGUGAUUGCGGUCGCUUCUGAUGUCACAACCCUGAAGCCCGGCGAUCGUGUUGCCAUUGAGCCCAACAUUAUUUGCAACGAAUGCGAGCCCUGCCUGACGGGACGCUACAACGGCUGCGAGAAGGUCGCCUUCCUUUCGACACCCCCUGUUGACGGUCUGCUGCGCCGCUAUGUCAACCACCCCGCCAUCUGGUGCCAUAAGAUUGGCGACAUGAGCUUCGAGGAUGGUGCCCUGCUAGAGCCCCUCAGUGUGUCUCUGGCCGCGAUCGAGCGCAGCGGACUCCGUCUGGGAGAUCCCUGCUUGAUCACCGGUGCCGGUCCCAUCGGUCUGAUCACACUGCUCAGCGCCCGCGCCGCCGGUGCCACCCCCAUCGUUAUCACCGACAUUGACGAGGGCCGUUUGGAGUUUGCCAAAUCUCUCGUCCCCGAGGUCCGCACCUACAAGGUUCAGAUCGGCCAGUCAGCCGAGCAAAACGCAGAGGGCAUCAUCAAUGUCUUCAACGACGGCCAGGGCACCGGCCCCGAUGCCCUGAGACCCCGUCUGGCGCUGGAGUGCACCGGCGUCGAGAGCAGUGUCGCCUCGGCCAUCUGGAGCGUCAAGUUUGGCGGCAAGGUCUUCGUCAUCGGCGUCGGCAAGAACGAGAUGACCAUCCCCUUUAUGCGCCUGAGCACCAUGGAAAUCGACCUGCAGUACCAGUACCGCUACUGCAACACUUGGCCCCGUGCCAUCCGCCUGGUCAAGAACGGAGUAAUUGAUCUGAAGCGUCUCGUCACCCACCGCUUCACUCUAGAGGAUGCCCUCAAGGCCUUCGAGACGGCCGCCAACCCCAAGACCGGCGCCAUCAAGGUGCAGAUCAUGAGCUCAGAAGAGGAUGUGAAGGCCGCUGAGGCUGUGCAGAAGAAUUAA